CUGCGAGGGGGAGGGUGGGGUAAGAUGGCGGCGGACACAGGGAGCUGGUGCGUGUACGCAGUGCUACGAUUUUUUUAUUCACUCUUCUUUCCUGGACUAAUUAUAUGUGGAGUUUUGUGUGUAUAUUUGGUCAUUGGCCUUUGGGUUAUCAGGCGAUAUCUACAGAGAAAGAAAAAGUCAGUGUCAACCAGCAAAAAUGGAAAAGAUCAAAUGGUGGUUGCGUUUUUCCACCCAUACUGCAAUGCGGGCGGCGGAGGAGAGAGAGUUCUGUGGUGUGCUUUGAGAGCCCUGCAGAAAAAGUAUCCUGAAGCAGUUUAUGUUGUGUAUACUGGUGACAUUAACGUCAGUGGUCAACAGAUACUAGAAGGUGCUUUCAGAAGGUUUAACAUCAAGUUGGUUCACCCAGUGCAGUUUGUUUUCUUAAGGAAACGCUACCUUGUGGAAGAUUCUCGCUAUCCUCACUUCACAUUGCUAGGCCAAAGUCUUGGAUCCAUUCUUCUUGGCUGGGAAGCUCUGAUGCAGUGUGUUCCUGAUGUGUACAUCGAUUCCAUGGGAUACGCCUUCACACUCCCUCUGUUUAAAUAUGUGGGAGGGUGCCGAGUCGGAAGCUAUGUCCACUAUCCCACUAUCAGCACUGACAUGCUGUCUGUAGUGAAGAAUCAAAAUCCUGGAUUUAAUAAUGCGGCUUUCAUUAGCAGAAAUGCUCUUCUCAGCAAAGCAAAGCUUAUCUAUUACUAUUUAUUUGCUUUUAUUUAUGGCCUGGUUGGGUCUUGCAGUGACAUAGUCAUGGUUAAUUCUUCUUGGACACUAAACCAUAUUCUCUCACUGUGGAAAGUUGGCCAUUGCACUAAUGUUGUUUAUCCACCUUGUGAUGUGCAGACAUUUCUGGACAUCCCUUUACAUGAGAAAAAGGUGACCCCAGGGCAUUUGCUGGUUUCCAUUGGCCAGUUCAGGCCUGAAAAGAAUCAUGCUUUACAGAUCAAAGCCUUUGCUAAAUUGCUAAAUGAGAAGGCAGCUGAGUCUGGCCGUUCUCUUAAACUUGUCCUUAUUGGAGGGUGUCGCAACAAAGAUGAUGAGUUUAGAGUAAACCAACUUAGAAGACUAUCUGAGAAUUUGGGAGUUCAAGAAAAUGUGGAAUUUAAAAUAAACAUUUCAUUCGAUGAAUUGAAGAAUUACUUGUCUGAAGCAACAGUCGGUCUACAUACCAUGUGGAAUGAGCAUUUUGGGAUUGGAGUUGUCGAGUGUAUGGCAGCUGGUACAAUUAUCCUUGCACACAAUUCAGGAGGCCCAAAGCUGGACAUUGUCAUUCCUCAUGAGGGACAAAUAACUGGAUUUCUGGCUGAGAGUGAAGAAGGCUAUGCUGAAACCAUGGCGCAUAUUCUUUCUCUGUCUGCAGAAAAGAGACUUCAAAUCAGGAAAACUGCUAGAGCAUCUGUAAGCAGAUUUUCCGACCAGGAGUUUGAAGUAGCAUUCCUGUGCUCCGUGGAGAAGUUACUUACUUAAUGCCUACUCUGCACAUUCCAGAUACAUUCUCCAGGGUGGAGCUGGAGCUGUAGAUAGUGGGAGAGCCUAUGCCUGGUAUGUGCAAGUCCCAAGUUCCAGCUUCAGCACCAAAAGUAAAAGGAAGUGCUUCAUUUGGAAACACCUUCACAUGUAAAUAUUUUCUAAAUUUAUUCUUAAUUGUAAUUAAAGCAGCCUGAGCUUUUAUUCAACAAUGUGUGUAUAGACAAGGCAAUAUUUAACAGAAUGGCAGAAUUAAUCUACGGAAAAAGUAAUCUCGCACAUGUUCUUUAUCUUUUGCUUUUUUGAGACAGGGUUUCUCUGUGUAGCCUUGGCUGUUCCAGACCUCACUCUGUAGACCAGGCUGGCCUUGAACUCAUAGAGAUCCGCCCGCCUCUGUCUCCCAAGUGCUGGGACUAAAGGUGUGUCACUACACCCAGCUUCAUGUAGCUUAAUGUACAGAUUCUACUUACUGUUUGGUCUCAAUUUGAACAGUACAAAUCUCAAAGAAAAAAUUACCGGUCAAAUUUUCAUAUCUCACGCAUCCUUUAAUUUAAUCUUUUCCUUGUCUUAAUCCUUGAGUGCUCCUGCCUCUACCUCCCAGAAUGCACCAGUGUACAUAGUGCUGAUGAUGGAGCCCAGGGCCUCCUGCAGUCUAGACAAGCCCUCUGCCAACUGAGCUGCAUCCUAAGCCCCAGAUCCUGUUUUUCAAAUCACUUUUGCCUAAGAAAACAUAAAGUAAUACUUGUGGGGUUUUAAUCUGUUUUAUGAUGCUGGAACACCAUGUGGAGCCUCAGACUGUAAGGAGAGCAGGGAGCGUGUGCAAUCACAGAAUGCACUGAGCCCAUCUCAGACAAAGACUUCCACCCAGAGGAAAGGCAAGUGCUGGAAGAAAGAGCAGCUUAUCAGCUGGCACGCAAACAUGUAUUCUUAAACUUUUGGAUAAAAUUCUCUGAGGGAAAAAGAAGUAAAUAUUCUGUUUGAGGGGUAGGUUUAGGGUUAGAGGUUGAGCUAGAGCAUGCUCAUGGUAUACAAGUGUUCUAACCCCUGAGCUACUUUACCUCAACCCCAGGAGUGCCAAAAUAACAACAUGGGUAACCCUUUAAAGUAUACCCACUAAUUUUCUUAAAAGGAAAAAGAAACUUCAAACGGGAAUCUCUAAUCCUAUUCCUAACGUAUCAGUCAAGAGAUGGGCUGGACUGAUUUCUUCAUGGGUGUGUACAGGUAUGUUGAAGUCAAAACAGGCACCAAUCUUUUGCAUAACUAGGUUUGUGUGGACAUUGGGUUUUGUUUAGUAGCCACCACAGUUCAUUUGUAUGGGGUUCUCCUCUCGUAACAGCCCCACUUAAGGCUAAAAGUCAGCCUCAGUUCAUUCAAGAGAAUAACAAGCUAAGUUGCUUUUCUGAAACUGGCCAUGUAUUUAUAAUGUAUAUACAUAUAUAUUUCUGUGUAUAAAUUUACAAAUAUAGUUUUAAUGAACUUUUCUGGGCUGAUAUUGAGCCAAAAACCACCUAACAAAAAACCCAACACCAGACACGAGAAGCUUCCUUUUGAGUUAUUGACCAGGGUUGUCCAAGAGAUUCCCCAAAGCAUGUGGCCUGUUGCUUUUGCCAUUGGUUACCCCUAGAGGUGGACAAUAAGUCCCAAUUUCUGAAGACACAAUCUACUUUAGAAACAGGCCAAAAGACCCCUGAGCUGGAGCUAUCCUGAAAGUGCACAGAGAGAGUUGCUGUUGCCCCAGGACUGACUUUCACAGCAUGAAGGUACCAAGCAAGCUUCCAAAGGAGAGGGGCAACCAGCAGUCCUGCCCAGCCAUCCCACCUAUAAACCACAUCGAAAACCAGCAUGGCACACACACUUGACAGUAACCAACAGCUCUUAAAUUGGACAUGUGACCUGCUCAACUAGAGGGAGAGCCUAGCCAACUAUUCAUUGCUACAGAACAACCACUAUUUACUAAACCAGCAUGAUUCUUAACAACGAUCUAUAAACAUUUGUCUAGACUCUUAAAGUAUACAGUUCUUCAAGUAUGGCCUACAAUAUAAUGCUAACUUACAGAUUUUCUCUCUUCAAAUGAAUGUGCAUUUCACUAAGAACUCUUUCCUAGACCUCUGGAGAUCUCACUGUGAGUGAGGCAGAUACAGUCCCUAACACAUGAUAUAGCGGUCUGUUGGCUGUUUACCAAGUAAUUUAGCACUAUACAAACAAUUUCACAAGUUGGUUUUUCUUUUGUUUU